CGAGUUUACGGAACUGUAUCCACCCACUACAAAGAUGGAGGACGAUAUCUCAGAUAUGAGCAGACCACAAAUGUACUUAUUUGGUUGCACCUUGAAAUCGGACAAACGGGAAUUCAAAGUUGACCUAGACGGCGAUGAAACGGAGCAGCAGCUGUCACUGAAAGCAGUGUGUCUGGGAGCUGAGGCUGAAGAUAAGUUCCACAUGGUGGAAGUUGAAGGCCUCACUUACGACGGGAAGACGACAAAAGUGCCGCUAGCUGUCCUUAAACCUUCCGUCCUGCCCUCUAUGAGUUUAGGUGGAUUUGAGAUUACACCUCCAGUUACCUUCCGUCUCCAGUCUGGUUCUGGACCAGUUUACAUAAGCGGGCAACAUUUUAUUAGUGUGAAGGAUUCUGAUGACGAAGAGGAGGAGAACAAUUCGUCGCCGGUAAAGCGGCCUGCAAAUCUGCUGGCAGGGAAGAAACCCCCAAUGAAAAAGCUGAAGAUGGAUUCUGAUGACGAUGACGAUGAUGACGAUGAAGAAGACAGUGAUGAAGAUGAUGAUGACGAUGAUGACAGUGAUGAAAAUGAUGUGAAGCCACAGAAGAAUGUGGGAAAAGUGCUUACAAAGAUCCCGGAGUCCUCACCUAAGAAGCCCAACAAGACUCCAGUAAAACAAAAUGGCCCUGCAGGAAAAGCCUCAGGAUCAGCUGUCAAACCACAGAUUAAGAUACCUGCUCCGGGAAAAGACAAACAACAGCCCGGCCCAUCUAAAUCUCUGCCUGAGAUUAAGAGCAAGUUGUCAACUGCAGCCAAGGAGGGAAAGCCACUUCCAAAGACAGAGCCGAAGUUUGAGAAUUACUUGAGAAGUGCUUUUAAAAUCUCAGACAAACAAGUGGUCAAGGAUCUUUGGAGUUUUGUGCAAACACUGAAGACUGAGAAGAAGUAACAUACACAUACAUUAAAGCAUUUGUACAUUUGCAUCCUAUAAGGCAUUUAAAGGCACAGUCGGCUAGAUUUCCUAAUCGGUCUCCUUCUUUCAGCCCUGUGAAGGACUAUGAUCAGAUGAAAAUGGACUGAGUGCUGGAAUAUGGUAAAGCCAUCAAUGCAUAGAUUUAGGUUUCAAUGUUUUUCUUCUUCGUUUUUUCCUAGACUGAAAGGACUUUAUUGAGUUGGUUCUUUCACAGACUCGAUUCAUGUUUAGCAGACUGUAGAUUUGCUGCAAGGGGAAGCUGCGUGCAUCACAAUGGGCGGGGUCUGUGUUGCUACUACAGGAAAGGAAAAGUUUCUAAAAUUUAUACUACCUGUAGAUUUAUGUAGCUCCUGUGUAUCACUGAAUAUGAUCAUUAUUAGUUAACAAUAAAUCUUAUACUUGAAGUAUUCAAAACCAAAAACAGGUCAAACUUAGAACCUAACCUAGUUAGUAGUUGCUAGUUCUUUCGUACGCCCUGUUGGCAAAACAGUAUUAUUUUUAUACCAGCAGAAGGACUCACUAACACAAAUGUGCUUGACAAAAAGUAAACAAAAUUUUAAAACUGUUGAAACGCUGCCUGCAGGUGGUGUAAGUGUCACAAUACAGAAGCUAUUCCUUUCCUUGCCUGUAGGUGGUGAUAUCCUCAUUGAACGUCCCACUUUCUUCAAAUACUGAAGAAGAUGCAGGUCACAUUGAAACAGCAUCUGGGUGGAAAUGUGUGAAAUUGGUUGAUUAGCAUCUGUUUAUCAUAUUCAGUCAUUAUUGCAAGAGGAGGUUAUGCAGAAUGUGCCUUUAAAUACAGUCCUGAUCAAACGUUUAACACCACCUGAAAAAUGGCCAAAAAUCAUACUUUGCCUGGUUGGAUCUUAACAAGGUUCCAAGUGGAGCUUCAACUUUUUGCGCAUGCAAUUUAUUGAAAACAACACUUAACCUGAAACAGUCUGUUUUACAGCGUUGUUUUCAAUAAAUUGCAUGCUCCAAAAAAUGUUUUGUCUUGCUCCCAUUUCUUCUUACACGUUGAAGCUCUGUUUGCAACCUUGUUAAGAUUCAACCAUGUAAAAUCAGAUUUUUUUUGUUGUUGCCAUUUUUCAAGUGGUCUUAAACUUUUGACUGGGGAAUGUAUCUCUACUGUAAACUGAGAUAAACCUGUUUUGUGUGAAUUUGAGCAGCGCAUAUGUAAAUGGUGAAGACAGCUAAUAAAAGAGGACCGUUUGACAGCUGGAAAAUUGAAUCAGUUAGUGACAAUAAAAGUUGUUUUUUAUUUCAGCUUUGAAGAAAAAGCAUUUCCGCUUACAGACUUACAGAUUGUACAUGCGUUUUUUUGAAUACUGUAUCGUUUUAGUCAAACCACAAUCAGUCAUUAUGAUAUAAUACAAUACAAUUAUAUUUUUUUAACAGUUUGGCCAGCAAAACCAGUAAAUAUGUUUCUCCCAGCAAAAAUUAAGCAAACAGACAAAAAGAUGUCACAAAAAUAAAUGCAUUAAAAAACAAUUUUUGCAGAGUAAAAUUAUCACAGAUCCCCGUUGUGUAUUUAUGUCCACAACAUGAACAACUCUCAUUAAAAUACUUACUACGCAGGUGCUCUGACUAAAAUGUUUUUGUUUAUUGUAUAUUUCAUAUAAAAUCAAAACAGAUUGCUAACUCCAGGAGUAUAUUGGCCCUAAUGCUGUUUUGCAUUAUAUUUGAAUGUACUGUAAUGCAUCAGAAAACAUUACAAGCGUAUUAAUAAUAUUAGUACAGUAUGAUGUAUCAGAGAAUUACAUCAGAGUAGCAUGUCAUCACCUUAAAAAAAUUUAAGAACUUAUAUCUGUAAUUGUUUGCAGUCAUAUAUCAGUCCUCUGAUGACAACAAAUUCUCGUUCAUGCUGAGCUUAUGAUGUGUUUCUAUUCUCAUUUAAUAUCAAAAUGUUCCACAUCUUAAACCAAUUAAAUUGAUAUGCUCAAACUCUGCAUUAUCUAGAAAGCGUUUUUGCUAUAAAAUGUAUUACUUCAAUUUUAAUAAUGGAAGUUGGCCCUGUAAUUUACCCAAAUGUAAUUAAUAAUUGUUAGUGAUGUCUUCUUUACACUGAGGUUUCAGUAGCAGCAGGUUGCCAGGCCCAGUCUUUUGUCCUUUUGCUUUGCACGUGUUUGAGUGAUUUCUUUUUUAAUACUUCUGUCAUAUCAGUCCUAAUGAACAUUGUGUUGUGUAAAAAUAUUUCUUGCUUUUAUUUACAAGACUGGCUGCUCGACAAUUGCAGUUUAGGUUUUAUCCUGCCCUUUCUAAUCAUUUCUUUUACAGCUUUGAGCUGUUUUCUUAGUCUUUGUUUCACAUAUUGUGUUCUAGUAAAAAAAAAAUCUUCAACCUUUUUAAAAUGUCUGGAAUAUUGUUCUGAUUGUUGUUGAUCUUUCGUUUUACACACGAUGUGUGUAAGUUUGUCAUAUUUUGGGCAACGGUGAAGCCAGGACCUUAAACAAGUCCAAGUGCGAAAAAGUGAUUGUUAUUUGUAACAAGCUGACGCAUGUUUAAGGCUCAUUAUUUUUAAAUAAUUUUUGUAAUCACAAACAUCUGGUUUAAUUUGGCUGUAAAAAAUGUAAGGGAUAAUAGGAGCAAACUCUUUGUAACGGAGCUGUUUUUCAUUUUUUGGCAGUACAUGAUGAGCAGGUGAUGCAUGUAUCGCUUUACUGAGUGAGCUUUGUCCCAAACCAUGUAAUGGCACUUCACUGAAUUUAGUUCACCAUCCAAAUGGUUGUCUUUUUUUUCCUGUGACAUAAAAUACAAACUGUAAGCUAGUACCCAUCUUCAGUUUGACUGGAUGACAAAACAAAGCCACAUGAAAUUUUAAUUUACUGUGUGAUGUAGUCAAGUAUAAAUUGUAAUUAGGUAGCUUGGCUGACCCAUUGUGUGUUAAAAUAAAAUGCAUUGUGUCCAUUUACUACAUCAAACUUAGUUUAUUGUUAAUGGUUUGUUGAGAGGAACAUGUGCGUCCUUUUUUUGUACUUAUCUGUAACAUUUACCUGAAUAAAAUAAAUUCUAGUAAGUCUUUGACUUA